AUGAGCGUUUCUGUUUCCAAAAAGAGAAAGCUAAACGACAAGUCUGUUAAAGUCAAAAAGGUUGAAAAGGCACAAGCGCAAGAAGAUGCCGAAGCUUCAUCAAGCUCUGAGGUAGAAUCAGACAUUGAAUCUGGUUCUGACGCUAGUGAAGAUGAUAAUGAUGAAUUAGAUCUUGAUCAAGUUUCCAGCAGCGAUGGUAGUGAUGAUGAUGAGGCUAGCGAAGAAGACAAAGUGGAAGAAGAAGAAGAAGACGAUAGUUUCCCAAGAAAAAAGAAGUCUUCCAAGUCUAAGCAUGACGAUGGUUCUUCUACCUUCUCAAGUGCUCUUACGAAUAUUCUUUCCUCACAUCUAAAAGCUUACGACCGUAAGGACCCUAUUAUGGCCAGAAAUAAGAGAGUUAUUAAGCAAAAUGAAGCUGAUAAAUUAGAACAAAAGGCAAAGAAAGCUAUACUAGCAGAGAAGAAAAAGCUAUUAAAUAAGACCAGAAAGAAGGAAAUAAUACCAGUAGCAGCAGCUGACACAAAUGCCGAAGAGAUAAGGGAGGUAUUGGAAAAAGAACGUAAGCUUAGAAGGAUUGCCCAAAAGGGUGUUGUGAAGCUUUUUAACGCUAUUCUAUCAACUCAAGUUAAGACGGAAAAGGAGGUCAGUGAGUCUCUAGGAGACGUCAAGAACCGUUCUGAAAGGAAAGAACUAAUCACAGAAGUCUCUAAGGAAAAAUUCUUCGAUUUAGUGAAAACUGCAGGGGACAGUUGA